UUCAAGAUUAGAAGAAAAUCUACUGCGAAGUUCUCUGCUUCGAUGCUGGGCACUCUUACGCGUGAAAGGAGCUCUACGAGGUUCCCGGCGGUGACCAGGUUGUCGCUGUUCCUCCUCGGGGAUCUCAGCGGUGGCCUGGCCCGUCGGGGGCCUCCUCAAGCCUGUCUCCUCAGGCUGCCCCCUGGGCGGCCGUGUGCGCGCGGGCGGGCCGUGCGAUGGCGGCUUGAGCACCUCUUGUCUCUGCAGUGGGUGGAGUCAGAUUUGUUGUGUGAGUACCCCUUGCUGUGUGGUGCCAUGACAACGCAAUUUUGUACCUCGUCGACUUCUACUUUGUAUGCCAUCUCCUAUCCCGUUUCUUCUUCCCCAUCCUCGUCGUGGCGGCGGAGAGCGAGAAGGCUGAGACUCGCCAUGUUUCGACAAGCCCUCUUUGACAUCCAUACUCUGCAGUGCGUUCCAGUGGGGAUGCAGUCUCCAGAGGUGGUGCAGUCUCCAGCCGUGGUGCAAUUUCCAGAGAUCCGUGUGCUAGAGGCUCUGGGUGUGAUGACUGAGUCUUUCGACGGAGUCGCUAAACCCGAUGGGCCAACUGAUCGUGGGAAAGCUUUCUCGUCCUAUUCUGUUGCUUGUUCUCGAGAUCCGGUGCAGUCUCCAGAUGGUGUGCUGGGUUCUGUUUCUUUUCUUCCUGGUGUUCAGAAUGAGGAGUUGCAGGGCGAGGAGUUGCAGAAUGAGGAUUUGCAGAGUGAGGAGGUGCUGAAUGAGCAGUUGCAUUUUUCUCAGCAUACUGUUUCUUUUGAUUCCAGCUCUGAAGUUUGCCACGCCUCAUCUCCGGACGCUCCGUCGGAUUGUCUUGGGAAGGCUGGGCAGGAAGAUCUUAAGGUGUGGAAGGAGGUGGAGGAGUCUCCUGAUGCGGUGCAGCCUCGAGAUGUGCUACAGUCUUCGGAGGGUGUGCUGCAGUCGAUACUGGUUUCUGUCUCUAUUGACCCUGCGGUUCUGAAUGAAGAUUGGCAGGAAAAUCUUAAGAAGGUGAUGGGCGAUGAGGUCGAGCAUGCUCAGCCUGUUUCUGCGGUUGACUGGAGCUCUUCAGUAACUAACAACAACAAAAACUCGGAAGUGGUUUCUGUUUCUGUUGAUCCAGGUGUUCUGAGAGAGGAGUUGCAUGAUGAGGAGUUGCAGGGUGAGGAGUUGCAGAAUGAGGAGUUGCGGAAUGAGCAGUUGCAUGGUUCUCAUUAUAAAGAUUCUAUGACUUCACACCCUGGGAGUUCAACGACUGGGAGUUUAUCUAAUGCAGUUGUGAGUUCAGCAGUGACGGAGGACGAGUGUCAAGCUGCCAGGGACUGGGCCCUUGCCGGUGUCGAUGUCAGUGCUCUUUGGCGUGAGCUACACCGACACCCGAGACAGGAGUUUCAGCGUAGGACUGAGGCUCUUCAUGCAUACAGGCUGCAAUUGGGAAUUGAAAGUUCCGAGGAGGAUGAUUCGCAACAAGGGGGUCCUAAGAGUUCUACUUCCACGAGUGCAUUGACGCGGAGCGGCAAGAAGCAUCGGAAACGGCACAGAUGAUGCAC